AUGUAUUUUUUUCUUCUGUCUCUGUCAUCGAUACUUGCCUACUGGAUCAUCAAGACGGCCGUCUCUUCAAACAAAGAUCGACUUUAUGCCCGCCGAAAAGCAUGUCAACCCUGCGCGCGCCUACCACAAACUGAAAGGGUCAUUGGCUAUUCUUUGUUCAAGCAAGAUGCUACCAUUGCACGCCAGGGGAGGUCCUUGCAAACAGCCCAAGACCGCUUCCGUUUGCUCGGUGACACGUUCUCCGGAGUCAUCCUGGGCCAAUUCUUCAUUAGCACGAUCGACCCGGAGAAUGCCAAGGCCUUGCUGUCGAGUCAAUUUGCAGAUUUUGACAGUGGCAAGAAGGCCCUAUUUGGGCCAUUCUUAGGAGAUAGCAUGCUGACCACAGAUGGAGCCCUGUGGAAGCAUUCAAGAUCACUAGUCCGCCCGCACCUUGGCAGAACUCAGGUAGAGGACCUCAGUAACCUGGAAGGUUGCGUGCAAAACUUCUUCGCAUGUCUUCCCAAAGACGGAUCUACCGUCGAUGUCCAGCACCUGUUUUUCCGGCUCACGUUUGAUAACGUGAUUCAGCUACUUCUCAAUGAAACCGUAUCUACCCUGAGCUGCCAGCCAGGCUCCAAUCUGCACAUGGUCAUAAAAGCGUUCGAUAGUAUAGGGGACCUAGUCAACAGGCGUGCCACGCUUGGUCCCUUGUUGCGUUUCUAUUGCGAUACCACGAUGAACGACGCUUGUAAGAUAUUGCAUGACUUCGUUGACCGCAUCGUGGAAAAGGCCUAUCGAAAGCGUAAGAAAUCAAGUGGCAGCACACCUCCUGUCUCAUUCUUGGACAGCAUGCUAGACAGCACAGAUGACCUGGUGAAGGUUCGGUACGAAGUAUUGGGCUUGCUCCUCGCUGGACGGGACACGACAGCCGGCACGUUGAGCUCUCUCUUCUAUGUCCUAGCACGGCGACCUGAUGUUUGGACGAAGCUUCAAACCGAGGUACAUCGCCUCGGUGGGAGGAAGCCGACUUAUAGCGACAUCAAGGGCUUAAAGUAUCUUCAACAGCUGAUCGACGAGACCCUACGGUUAUAUCCCCCCGUACCAGUACUCUUCCGCGCCGCGAACCAGACCACCACCCUUCCACGUGGCGGGGGUGUGGAUGGUAAAUCACCAGUGCUGGUUCCUAAGGGUACGGUGAUCAGCUGUUCCACAUUCAGCCUCCAGCGUCGGCAAGAUGUAUAUGGACCUGAUGCAGAGGAGUUCCUCCCCGAGAGAUGGAAUCAUUUGACUGCCCACUGGAACUUCUUACCGUUCAGCGCGGGCCCGAAAGUGUGCCUUGGCCAGACGUACGCAUACGUCCAAAUGGCGUAUAUCGUGAGCCGAGUUGUUCAGCAUUAUGAAAGGAUAGAGAAGCGAAGCGAUGAGCCCUGGAUGGAAAGGUGGUCAAUCACCUUGAUGAACGCAUCGGGGACAAAGGUCGGGAUGAUCCCCAAAAAAGGCACAGUACCUAUAUUGAACGACCACGUACGUAAUGGGGCACAAGAAUAA